AUGAUUCGCUACUUUCGUCUUUUAAGAGGCUGCAUCCAGCAGCAGCGAUCAAGUAGGAGCUUUAGUUCUAAAAUAGAAGCUAGUGAAAAUGAACCAAUCAAAUUCACCACAAGUGCUGCCGCUCAUAAGAAGACCAUUAGACCAGUUGCCAUAAAAUAUAAACCAUCAGACAUGCCAUGGUACCAACCCUAUUCCGUACUGGCCAGCAUAACUGUGUUUCUUAUCUACUUUUGCUUGUUGAGAGAAGAGAGUGAUGUAGAUUUAGAAUUUAAUAAAACCCUUUAUGAAAGGAUAAAGGGCUUGGAAAAGGAACAGUUGUUGCAGUCAUAUAGAUAUAAUAAAGAAAAUGGCCUAAGUGUUGAAGCAAUAGAGGAGAGGCUAAAGCAGCUCGAGCUUGAGGAGGCCAAGGCAGUAGCAUAA